GUUGCUUAUCGGCAAGAUUUGUAUCCAAUUUGCGCAUGCAAUCGCCAAAUUUCUUCCUCGGUCAGUCAAGUCUACUGGGUAUUCCUACAUAGUACCUAGUAAGUACCUAUGUAGUAGCCAUCAACUUACUAAACUGUCCUCUUGAAAGCUGAAAGAACCUUUGGAACUAAUAACUACCACCCACACAAAGUUCUCUCUUUAACUAUUGAUUUGAUAUUGAUAUUAUUACGUACUUUGCCUGUCUACCUACACACAGCCAGCCUCCCAUUCAACCAACGACGUCGCGUCGCAUUCUUCUUCUUACCCAAAAAUCCCAUAUCGCAAUCGCCGUCAUCAUGCCGGAUAAGUGGGUAGAUUGGAAUAAGACCACUAGGUCUAAGGACUAUCGAGGCUCAGCUUCGUUUGCGACCUUUAUGAUUAUUGGCCCAACCUGCUUCUUCCUCGGCAUCCUCUUCGCCUUCUUUCCCUACGACUUCCCCCUGCUGUGGACCAAGGACCCCAUCUCGGCCGCGUACCUCGACCAGCUGGAGACGCACCUGAAGUUCAUCCACCAGUCGCCGCCGCUGAUCGCGCGCGUGCUGAGCAUCAUGGUCGGCGUCGGCUUCCUCGGCUUCUUCAUCAAGCUCUUCCGCGCCUCCGAGUCCAACAUGCUCUUCGACGGCGCCUCCCUCGUCCUCUACCUCAUCGGCGUCGGCGUCUACGUCGCUAACAUCGUCAAGGGCCUCCGCCUCGUCAGCGCCGGCGCCUGGAACAAGACUGACUUCGACCCCUCGACUGCCGGCGUCACCGUGGGACCCCUGGCUACGGGCGAGGUGCUGCUGGGGCGUGAGGACAGUCUCAAGGUCAUGGCGGCGAGCAAUACGAUUCUGGCGCUCGUGCUGGUCGGGGUCCUGGUUUUGCAGGCGGGACAGUGGUACGCGGAGCGCAAGGACAGCGAGGAGUUUGAGAAGCUCGAGAAGAUGGAUAAUAGUAGCAGCGCGGGGAAUAAUGGUAACAAGGCGGGUGGGCCGUCGAGCCCGUCGAGCGAGAAGAGUAAGAAGAAGCAGUGAGGGGAGUCAGAGGAAAAAGAGGGAAAAGGGGAGGAGGGGUAAAGGGGUA